CAAGUUUGGAGCUUUUCAGCUGGCAGCCCUUGGCCCAUCAUGUAGGUGCAGAGCCCGGGAUCUCGGCUGCAACUGCAAGAGCUGGAAACCUGCUCCGGUUUUUUUUUUUUUCCCCCGCAGCGAAGAGGACGGACGUGCAGUGUGCACUUAGCCAAAUAAAGAGGAGGAGGGGGGGAGUGCUUAACUGUGCAGAUCCAGGAACAGCCUGUGCAAGCCGCCCUGCAGCCCAGCAGCAGCCCUGCAGGAAGAGCCGGAGCCUGCAGUUUGCAUCUUUGUUGGAAAACUAGAGAGCAGAGAGGAGAGGCAAAGUCUUUUGUGCACCCCACCCCCCCCUUCUUCCCUCCCAUCCACAGCGAAGGGGAGAAUGUCUCAGCCGGGGAAAGGAGGAGGUGUUCCUUUGAUUUGUCACACAGCUCCUGGGUACGUGAAGAAGCCCCCCACAAGUAAAGGCAUUGGGAAGAAGAAAAAGUUGCCCAAAAUCCCGAUGCCCAUGGAUACGCACCCCACUCCGCCCACACCUCCUCGUGAUUUGGAUUCGAAAGCGUACAUCCUGAUUGACGAUAAGAACUACGAGGUGAAAGCAGAUGACUUAUUACCCAUCGAAGAGCUGGGCCGGGGAGCCUACGGAGUUGUGGAGAAGAUGCGCCAUGUACCUAGUGAUCUGAUAAUGGCAGUAAAGCGCAUCAGGGCGACUGUGAACAGCCAGGAACAAAAAAGACUUCUGAUGGACCUUGAUAUAUCGAUGCGCACUGUGGACUGCGAUUUCACCGUCACAUUUUAUGGAGCAUUAUUUAGAGAGGGAGACGUUUGGAUCUGCAUGGAGCUCAUGGACACAUCACUGGACAAAUUCUACAAGUACGUGAUCGACAAAGGCCUGACAAUCCCGGAGGAUAUCCUUGGCAAGAUAGCAGUUUCUAUUGUUAGAGCAUUAGAACAUCUACAUAGUAAACUCUCCGUGAUCCAUAGAGACGUGAAGCCCUCCAAUGUCCUCAUCAACAAGCAGGGUCAGGUGAAGAUGUGUGAUUUCGGGAUCAGCGGAUACUUAGUCGACUCUGUAGCCAAAACCAUGGAUGCCGGAUGCAAACCGUACAUGGCUCCUGAAAGAAUAAACCCGGAGCUGAAUCAGAAAGGAUACAGUGUCAAGUCUGACAUUUGGAGCCUGGGGAUUACUAUGAUUGAGCUCGCCAUCCUGCGGUUUCCGUACGACUCCUGGGGGACUCCUUUCCAGCAGCUCAAACAGGUGGUGGAGGAACCAUCUCCACAGUUGCCCGCGGGCAAGUUUUCAGCGGAUUUUGUCGACUUUACCUCAAAGUGCUUGAAGAAGAAUUCGGAAGAGCGUCCACCCUACGCAGAGCUUAUGCAACACCCGUUCUUUACUCUGCACGCAUCCAUGAACACUGAUGUGGCGUCCUUCGUGAAAAUGAUUCUGGGAGACUAAUCGGACGCGAGCGACCCCCUCCCCCUCCCCCCCCUCUCAUCCUACGCACGGACUUCUCUUCCUACAGGACAUGGGGCAGCUGAAUGUGGCUGCUUAAAUAACCCAUAGAAACGCAUCACGGGACUGGGAUUACUGGACUCCAUAUUGUUUCUGUUGGCCUUUUACAUGCAAACGUCUAACCCCCGCGCUGCCACUGCCCCCUACUGGUAGUGCAGGAGUUUCACCGAUGCGUCUUACCGGAGUGGGAUAAAAAAAAAUAUAUAUUUUCUUUUGCCCAUUUGCUGCCGUAUGGGUUUAUAGAAAUUUAGGUUUUUGGUUUUAGGUGCUACUAGAUUUUUUUUUUUUUUUUUUUUGUCCCCUUUUUUUAUUUUUUUGAAAAAUAUUUAUGUUCUAUAUUCUGAUUUCAGUCUGUGUUUGAGAGGAAGAGUGCGUGAUCUGGGUAAAGUACGGUGGCAAAUAUUUAUAGGGUUUUGCUGGUGAAGGGGUGAAUUUUUUUUUUUUGUUUAAGUUUUAAUAUUUAAAUAUAUUUUUUUUUUUUUCGCCCCCACAUUUAUUUUUUAAGCGAUUCUGGAGUGACUGUGUGAAUAGCGUCCUCCUCCUAUUAUUCCUUUUUUUUUUUUUUUUUUUUUUUAUCUAAUGUUUUUCGUUUUAAAGCCAAGUAGUUAGAUUGACAUGAUGAUGAUUUUGUGCCGGCCGAGCCGCGGCGAGAGGGGUCACUGCUGACCAAGACUACGUGGUCUCCAUAAGGGUCGGGUACUAAAAAAUACACUAGAAUAAUGCCGUCUGAGGUCAUCAGAAACCUAGUUAAUGGAGGACAGUCUUGGGAUAUAAUUUAAAGAUGAAUUUUUGCCUAUAAAUAUAUAUAUAUAUAUAUAUAUAUACUACUUCAGAGGAAAAUCUGUCCCGUGGAAUCAUAUUGGGGCAGGUUUAUUUUUUUGUAUGGGCAUAUGACUGGUACUAAAGACCUAACCAAUUACCCUCUCCUACAUGCGAACGGUUUCCGGUUUCGCUGGGGCAAUCCCAGGAAUGCGGACGACGGAUAGGGAAGAGUUUGUGUAAAUCCUGCCCAAAAAUGGGUGGCCCCGGUCAGGGCAGGGGGCAGGACUUUAAACGUCCCAAUUCAAAUGUUGGCAAGUGUGCCCUCUGUACAACGUACUCCUCAGGAUCUAUAGAAGUGGCCCAUGUGUCACCGAAAGAGCCCUCCUGCCGACAGAGGGGCUUGCAAUGCAUUGGGGUCGCCAUGAAGGGUGAGUUCGGGAAAAUCGGUUGCAAAAAUUUCGGAGAACAGCCACCACCACUGAACGGGGUUUGUAAAAACCCAACGUGCUUACCCGUUUCAGUCUCCGAGAUUUCUGCAACAAAUCUGCCGUGUGAGACUAUAUCCUAGUAGCCACGUUUUUGAAAAAAAAAAAAAAAAAAAUUUUUCAUUUUUUUAUUCUAUGGUUCCUAAUAAAAGCCAAUAAAGGUGUGUGUUUUUUUUUUUGUUUUUUUUUGUUAUUUGCCCUUUUUAUUAAAGUAGACCCAUCGCCUUCGCUGACAUGUAGGACCCAUCCCCUUUCCUGACGUGUCUGUUGUAGCACCUGCUUGCAUCCAGCCUGUAAUAAUAAUUGUGGAGCCUCUGUUCUUAUGACUCUCUGUUGUUCCAUUGCUUGAUUAUUCCUACUAGAAGUUAGGAAAGAACUGCCAACAGUGAAGGUCCUGCUGGGCGUUACUAGUUGGAGGUGCGUUCCUGCAUAGUCUGAAGCCAUCCAAUCAGUACUGCUCGUGUCAGACUGUACGGGGACAGCCCCCUAUCUGGACCUUCAUUGCAAACUGCUGGCAAUUUUUUCAUAACUUCUAGAAGGAAUAAUGGAGGAAUGGCCCAUCACAGAGUCCUAAGAAUAAAUGCUCCCGGAUUUUUAUUACAUGUGGGGGGGUCGACAGACAUGUCGGGAGAGGCAACGGCUUACAGUACAUUAGCAGGUGUCUUGUCUUUCUCUACAGGAUAAAUGCCAUGUGCUGAAGUGAGACAAACCCUUCGAAGUUACAAUUAUUGUAUUAUUUUUUUUCCUCUGCUCUACCCAUUUCCAAUAUUCUGUCAAUUGUAAUUUUUUUGGGCUACCCCCCCUCCAACCUUCUCCAUUUGAGCGCUGUACAAUGCAUUGCAAGGGGUAACCGGGGGGGUCAUGGUAUCCAUGACAUCUAGUAAUGUUUUCGAUUACUGAAGGGCUUGUUUCGUUGGGCCAUGUUCUAUGGGGGCUUCUAAUGGUGAAUACUGCAGGGUUGUGUCAUGUCGGGGGGAAAAAAAACCCACAAUAUACACAACAGGAAAUAAUGACCUUUUAUUUCCAAUCCAAUGAAAUGUCUUGCAUAUCAAUUAUAUUUUUUAAUGUCAAACCGA